AUGGCAGAGACUAACCAUACUGUGAUUUCUCAAUUUAUUUUUCUGGGACUUUGUACUUCAAGGGAACUUGAGAUCUUCCUCUUACUACCAUUUUCCAUCCUCUACCUGAUGACUGUGAUAGGCAACCUCUUUUUGGUGAUAAUGAUAAUCACUAAUCAGCAUCUGCAUUCUCACAUGUCCUUUCUGUUAGCUAAUCUCUCAUUUAUUGACUUCUGCCUUUUUUCAAUAAAUGCACCCAAACUGACCAUAGGUCUCCUAAACGAAAAUAAAACCAUUUCCUUUGAGGGCUGCAUGAGCAAAAGUCUCUGUGUACAUUUCUUUGCAGGAAGUGAUAUAGUACUUCCUGUAACAAUGGACUAUGACCGAUGUGUGGCCAUAUGCAGGCUACUCCACUACUGCAGCAUCAUGGACAGGCAGAAGCACUUCUGGCUCAUUGUGAUAUCAUGGAUUAUUGGAUUUGUACAUGGCAUUAGUCAGAUGCUCUUGAUUUUGGAUCUACCUUUCUGUGGACCAAGAGUGUUAGACAGCUUUUUCUGUGAUAUUCCUUUAGUGAUGAAGUUAGCCUACAUGAAUACUGAUACUCUAGAAAUCAUAAUAAAUGCUGAAAGUGGCAUUUUAGCAACAACUUGUUUCAUCCUGUUACUGAUAUAUUAUACUUACAUUCUAUUGACUGUUCAACUUCGCUCUAAAGAUGGCUCAUCAAAAGCACUGUCCACAUGUACAUCCCAUAUCGUAGUGGUUGUGCUCUUCUUUGGGCCCAUCACUUUCCUCUAUCUUUGGCCAGUCAACAUCACUUGA